CCUCAGGGAAGCUCCUCCCCCAAAGGUGCACACCCUCACCUGUUCGCUCUUGCGCGUUUGAUGCGCAACUUUGCAUGUCGUCCAUACAUCUUCUUUUGUUUUGUACCGAUGCUGUCCUUCUGUAAUGCACCAUGCAAACAUGUCUGCCAUUAAAAUGGAGGGACUUCGGGCGACAGCAGGAAAUACUUUUCUCACCAACCUUGAUAACUUCUGCGUAAAUUUGGUGUCUACCUGUUUGUCCAUCGAGGUGUUGGACGAACUGUGCGUCUCCACCGGUCUUGGCUGUCUGUCCGCGCUGCUGUUACUGCUGUCGUGCUUGCUGUAAGUAUUCUUUGAUAAAACAGAUCAUUUUUAAACUAUAAAGCUUGUAUCAAUCGAUCCUCUCCACUGUUUAGGCUCGUGUAUCAGAGAUGCAGAUAUCGAAGAGAAACUCCAGGAGAAACUUUAACAUCCAUUUACAGCUUCUUCGGCAACCUUUGCGGCACAGUGGGAGCCAUUCUGUCCAGUCAGCUUUACAUAGUGGUAAAAUACACUAUAUAUUUUUGGAUGUUUGUAUCAGUCAUCAAUCAUAUUUGUAUCAAGUCAGUCUGAACUUGUAUCUGCUGUCCUGUUCGUAGAUUUUCCUGGGUGCUUUUGCUGCAGCGUUAGACAUUGUUCAUGCCGUUUCAUGCUGCUGCCAUUUAGCUCUGUGCUGGAACUCACAGCCAGGUAAUCUUAACAAAAUGCCCUUUCUCAUAACGUAAACCCUUAUUAACCUUAGAAAAUUAUAGUUUUACAAUGUUCAAAAAAAGUGAAGAGGGGUUGCACAGGUGUUUUUAUAUCUGCACCCAAGUCUCCAGAUAACCAAAUUCAUAGAUUUAUAUGCCACCACAGCAAAUAUCUCCUUUUGUGUUUGUGUCCUUCUAUCUCAGAAAGGAGGCGGAGGAUGAUAAGGAGCAGGAGGAGGCAGCACCUCCUUGCCAUAUGCAUGCUAUCAGUGUUUGGAGGAGGAAUUUUGAAGCCUUGGGUCACACACCGUUCAACAGAAACAACUCUGAGUGGGAGGAAACUGCUGCAUGUCAUCCCUGAAGUAAGCUGUACAUGUGAUGAAGUUGUCUAAUAGUGACAGAGUUUUAAACUUGAGUUUGUACACACUGAACAAUAUUGACAUUUUUAUGAAUGUGUCCACUCACUGCUUUCGUGUUAAUGUGUUUGAGGUACACUGCAUUUUAAGUGUCCAGUGUUCAGUUCGAUUUUAUUCAACUUUUCAAACUAGUCAGCUCAGAGAAACACUUUUAUUGUAUUUCUAAUUUUAACUUGCUCAAAUUGUUCUUCAUUUUCAGGACAAUACUGAAAUCCUAGGUUACAUGAUUGGCUUGCUCUCUCUUGUCAUCUCCUGUACCUCCAGAUUACCUCCACUCAACAGAGCAGUGAGUAACGAUAUGACUUAAACCUUUCUCCAAAAUGACUUCCAGAAUCGAUUUAAUGUCACCUCUGUUUUACCUUCAGUACCAAGGACAGACGUUGACCUGGGCCCAUGUGUUCUCUGGACUGCUGUCCUCACUGUCUGGUGCUCUUUACGCUGCUGCAAUUCUCCUCUAUGACAUUCAGUUGACUUCAGUUUCGAGAGUCCUGCCAUGGCUGCUCUCAGCAAUUUGCUGCUUCCUCCUGGAUCUUUUUGUAUCCUUGUAUAAUAAUAAUUAUAAUUGUAUAAUAAUCGUAUUAACCACAGGUUUUAUACGCCCUUCAUCUUAGCAUUUGCCACUGAGUUAAGAGUAAUGCCAAGUAAGAUGAGACGAACUUAGAUAAGAACUUUAUUGAUCCCUGAAGGGAAAUUCAAGUAGCAAACAACCCAAAUUUCACAAUAGCAGAGAAGCUGAAGAAAAUGUUGAUAAAAAUAGAUUUUGACGUCAUGUUAUGUUAUGUUAUGAAACAUCUUCAAACUGAAACUGAUUUUGCAAUAAAUAAAUGACAUAACUGGAAAAAGACAGGCCUUUUCAGAGAAGCUAAAUGUCAGACAUGCAGGCGGCAAGAGGUUCCUUUGAAAUCUGUGAGAAGAAACAGUUUUGUAAUUUCUGAGUAAUGUCCCACAGCAUAAAAUUAACAAGAAUUUUAGGAUUUCAUCAACAGCAGUUUAUAAUUUUAGAAGAUUCUGAGGAUCUGAAGAAAUCUCUGUACAAAGGAGACAAGGCUAAAAAUCAAUACUCAGUGGUCAUAAUUUGCGGACCCUCAAGCAGCACAGCAUUAUCAGCAAACAUGAGGAUGGAGUGGAAAUUGCUGCAAUGGUUCAUUAUUAUCUCAAAAACCAUCGUCGUUUGGCCGAGUUUGUCUCUGAAUCCACAAAUCAGUGUUUGUCAUACUUUUUGGAAACCAUGUCCACCACCAUGGCAUGUGUAGUGUACACAUUUUGGGAAGCAUCAUUAGUUCUAAACAAUAAAGCAACAUAUGCUACCAUACAUAUUCCUUUUUCAGGGAAGCCCUUAUUAAGUGCUGUAUGAAUAAAUAAAGUUUGAUUGAUAUAGUCCCAUAAGACAAUAACCUUAUCUCAUUCUGCGUGUACUUCAGCAGUAUGGCUUCUCAGAAGAAGAGUCAGAGCCAAAGUGGCCUGCCUGAAGUCCCAACAUGUCAUUUGUUGAAAACAUCACAAACCAAAAACUACGACAAAGGAGAGACUGACCAGUUGAGCAGCUUAAAUCCUGUUAAAACUACUCGGUCUCCUCUGGUCAUGAAUAUUUGUAGAUUUUGAUGUAGGAGGAGGCGACACAAUGGCAAACAUGACACGUUUUGCAACUUUUUAAAAUGUCUGAGUUAAAUAUGCUGUUGGUAAAAAAAAAAAAAAAAUUUAAUUUGAUCAGUUUUCAACCAAAUUAUCCCGGCUGAAAAUGUUAACCUUAACUCAAAAUCAUUAGAUUUUAGUCAUCUGUUGGAACAAGAGAGGAGCAAGACGGCAGGUAGCAAGUUUCUCUCCAGAUACAGAAUUCCUUUUAGGCUGUCCAGACCUCAACACUGUGGACGACACUGUCAUGAAGAAACACAGAAAACCACAAGUGAAGUCAUCAGCGCAAACAAAAGUAAGCCCUUCUCUCGUUCUUGGUCCUCAUUUCCCCAGUCUGGUCCCCCCUGUGUUUGAGACUUUCACCUGCUUUGCAACUUAAAUCAUUAUCUUAUCUGCAUGUUGGAGCCAAGAUGUGCCGAACACUGAAAAGAAGGCUGAGUUUGUGAGGAAUGACAGAGAAUUUUUUUAUGAAAUAGAUUCUAAUGAUGAUUUUCCUCCUUAAAGACAAAAACUGUCCCGAAGACGACCGAGAUGGACCGUUAUCUUGAUGUCAGUGCUCAACCUGCUAACAAGGUAAGGACAGAAUUGUUCUGAUAUCAACAAUGCAUUAUUUGGUUCAUAUAUGGAAACAUCGAUCAGUGUUUAUUUUCAUAGUUAACUAUAAUUGUUGUUGUUUCCAAUAUGCCCACAGGUGGAAACACUGUCCAAGGAGGAGAAAAUGAACCAGCCUCUGGUACAGGUGAUCCGAUUUAACAGUUUCUACUCCUCUGAUUCAUCAUUUGACUCUUCACUAGAAAGCUCAGAUCUGGAGGUGAGUUAGACGACUUAAAAAUGACACAGAAAAGAAUAAUGUUGACAGCUGACUUUGUUUAUGUGUACUUCUCAAGUCUGCCAUUAGGUGGAGACACCAUCUUUUAGUAUGGGAUUUAUGGUGUUGGUGCAUGACUGCUGUAAAGUCUAAAAAGCCAUUACAGGGUGUUUGAUUCUUGUGAGCCUUGUGUGAACUUGUGUGUUCACUUGAUGCCAGUGAAAUAGAUUUUCCCUGCAGAACAAAACAAAAACAAAAACAAAAAAGAUUCACAAUGAAGUGAAAGUUGAAGCUGAUAUUGUCAGAUGGAUGCUUCACAAACUGCUGCUUUUUCUAUAUAACUUUGAAUGCCUCUGUUUAAGUGUAAUAAACCUGGAGAACUAUUAGAUGAUGCACUGUCAUAUGGAGCCAGAAGUAAUUUGAGUACAUAUCUGGAGAGAGCUCAGUUCAAAUGCUGUUGUGGUUGUACCCAAAUAGUUUCAAUGUUGUAUCUUGAUUGAACUUAAUGUCAUAUUGUUCCUCUCUCAGUUCUUGAGCCUAAAAUUAUCUCUACAAAUAAUGUAUUAACCUCUGCGAUUACAGGACUAUUAUUACCUCACAUAAGAAACAGCAUUCAGGAGAACUCAGAAGAAGAAGUGACAGUCAGAACAGGAUUGAGCAAAACUUAGCUUGGUGCUUCUCACAUGUGACUUUCAGGGAAGUAAGUAAAGACAGCCAUAAGAGGUUUUUUGAGUAGACAGCAGUCAGCAUAUCCAUGUAGGAUUGAUGAGUCAAAUUCCUAAGAGAGCUGAAUGUGUGUGGGUGUGGGUGUGUACAUAAAGGCCUGUGGGUCAAAGAGGAUCGAGGGGAAUGCAGCUUUAUUUUGCAAUAGUGUCCAGAGUUAGAUAGUGGCUGCAUGGUGAUUACUAGACUUGUUUUAGAGAGCAGUUCACAUUUAUAUAAUCUCUCGUCUUUGAAAAGAAAGGGUUUAAGUUACAGGGAGAUUGAAAUUACAAGCCUCAUCAUUUUCAGGCCCUGAGGUUUACAGCCACAAGAGAAACUCCCUCUCUGACUUUCUGUGCUGCUAUAAAGUGAGCCAAGCUAAGUAAGGAGGAUGUCAUUUAAUGUGAAACAAAGGCAAAUGGUUCAUGCACUAACAAUUGCAGCUUGAUAAUGGUUACUAAACAGGAAAAAGCAAGUGACGCGAAUGCCCAAAGCACAGUAAGUUAGGAAGAGAGGGAAAGGCUUGAAAAAUGUUUCUGAUGUAUUUUGUUGUCUUCAAUAAAAUAUGAAAGUUGAUUCAGCUUUGUGAAAAUCUUAUCUUUACACUAACUGAUUUGAGGGUUUGUUAGCGCCUGAAUAUCUAAAUAAUAUAUAAUAUUCAGUAUUUAAGUCUGGGGUAAAUCUGUAAAUUCAAGUGUUAUUUCCAAAAAUAACACAACAAAGUCCUAAACAGGCCCCUUCUUAUAGCACUUUUCCACUUGAUUUAGAAAUAACAAAAGUUAUUCACUUGUUAAUCGGUAAAAAGAUUGUUUUCAUAAAGCCGACCCUGUGUCUAAUGUUUAAUUUUCAAUCCACAGAACUCUUGGCCUCUUACAGUCAAGUGUUACUUUUUAGCUGAUUGCAAAACUUUCCAUUCAUUAAGUCAGAGGAUGAUACCAAACUGUCAGGAGUAUUUGAAGGCCGGCUGAGGACAGAAAGGAGGAGUUUGUAUAGCUUCUGAGCAGUUUUACAAAUAAAGUAACAUUGGCUUUCUACAUGCCCACAAUCGCAGAGCAUGAUAAAACCACACAACAAUUUAUGGUGUGCCGCCUGCAUAAGCGGAGCAGUCUAAGCAGCCUGCGUCUUGAAUUGUCUAUUGUGCUGUGUGUUUGUGUGUGUGUACGUGUGUGUGUUUCUUGCACAUUUGUGCUGAGUGUCUGCCCUUUGUUGGGGUGAGACUGAGGUGGAGGUGAGGGAGGGAGGGAGGGGAUGCUGAGGGGUACAGUGAGGGGAGGAACUGUUUGAGAUUUGCCUUGUGGCCCAAUUGUUCUGCUGUAAGGGGUCUUUGAUUAAAGACCAGCACAGGGUUGGGUCUGUCUGCUUAGGAAGUAAAGCAAAAUGUUUGACUUGUGUAUAGGAGGCCCAUGCUACCCUCUGCUAUUUUGGGACAUGUUUAUGGUCCCCUGUGUGUUGCCUGCUGGCCAGAACCGAAGUCCAUGUGCAAACAAAUCCAAAAUCGUUUGCAUUCUUGAGGUCUUUGUCUUUCUCACAACAUGAACCAUAAUAGGUAGCUGUUUGAUCGAUUUCUUUAACACAUUACAGUAAUUAAACAGUGUUGACUGAUAAGAGGACGAGUAAAAGCUGACAGCAAAUGUGACGCAUGAAUGGAAUUUACAGCCUGGAUAUUUAGGUUAGGUAAAGCAACUGCAACCACCAUGUGAGAUGUAGUCAGGUGGACAAAACUCACACCUAUAUUAUUUAAAUAUUUAACUCAAAACAAAUUUGCCUAUAAGGCAUUAUGGACCCAAUAUUACUAUUAUACAAAUAUCAUAAAUUAUAAAUCAUUCAUUUCCAUUCUUUGUUUCAGGAGUAGCCAAUACAUUUGGAAUAUUGUCAACAUUUUUAUUGCUUCCAUAAUCCAACUCAAAAAGGUAAAGUUACAUAUACGUCACUGUAUAAUUGUUACAUGUCAAGUAAAAUGUUUUAAGCCUUUUGAUUUAGAUAAUUGUGGCUGAAAGUUUAUGAAAACUACAAAUCCAGUAUCUCUGAUUAUUAGACUUUCUUAUGAUCCAAUCUUCAACAGUGAAGUAUUUUCAUAUAUACUCUUAACUCUUGGUUGGGGCUCCUCUACCAAGAAUUAGAGCGUCAGUGUGGUGUGGCCAGUGGCACUGCUGAGAUUUUAUUGGAGUCCAGGUUUCUUAGUUAGCGACCUUUAGCUCCUCUGUGUUUUUGCACUGGGUGUUUCUCAUCAUCCGUUUGAAGGUAUAACAUAGAUUCUUUGUUGGGUUUAGGUCAGUUAGCCAGCGACAGGGGCACAUUAUAUCAAGGUUAGGAAACCAUUUGGUAAUUUUGGCACUGUGGGCAGGUGCUAAGUCUCACUUUGACUUUUAAGCAGAUGAAAGCGUGAGGUGCUCUAAAAUCUUCUGUAGAUGGCUGAAUUAAUAAAACACAGUGAACCAACACUAGCAGACGACAUGGCACUCCAUUCAAGAAACACUACAGAAACUUUACACUAGACUUCAAACAACUUGGAUUUGGUGUCUCAUCACUUGGAUUUGGACUUUCUUCCCUAUAUGAAGUGCAAACUUUGCUUUCAUUUGAAAAGAGACCUUUGGACCACUGAGUAUCAAUCCAGUUCUUGGUAGUAAAAAUGCAGUUAGAGUGUAGUGGCCUUUGAUGCAUUGACACCACUUUUUUUGAAGCUCUCAAAAGUACUUAAAUUAACAGGUCUUGGCAUCCUGUCAAGGCCAUGGUCAUCCAUUUUUUCUUUUGUACUUCUUUCUACCUCACUUUUCCUUCUGGUCCAUUUUCCAUUCAUAUGCUUCAAUAAAGCACUCUGUGUACCACCUGUCUUUUCAGCAAUGACCUUCUGAGGCUUGUCCUCCUUGUGAAAGGAGUCAGUGAUCAUCUUCUGGAUAAAUUUCAAGUCCGCUGUCUCCCCCAUGCAGCUGUGUGUACUGAACUUAACGGAGAGAUACAGUUUUCUUACUGUUUGAAUGGUGAUCUUAAAAUACUAAUCAAAAAAAUUAAAAAUAAAUAUGUCAUUAUUUUAGGUAUUUUGUAGCCUUAUGGCCAUAACGAUCUAAUAAUGAAAUAGGAAAAUUCUCUGAAGGUUUAUAUGUAAUGAAUCUAAAAUAUUUUAAAUAUAAACUGUCAUAAUCAUGUGGAAAAUGUUGGUUUUUUUUACAGUUUUUGUAUCUUUUUCUUUCCCAGUGGGAUUUUGAAGAAGCGAAUGCUCAGUGGGGUGAACCAACAGUUCAACUACAGGAGGAGGUGAAGUUUCCACUUCGGGAGUGGCCCAAACACCCCAAACCCUGUAAAUACUGCAUCUGUACCAUGUCCCGGCACCCACAGAAAACUCUGUCUGGUAAAAAUGAUAAUAACUGAUGUAAUCCACAAUUGGUGCAGUCAUUUGGAGGGAAAUAAAAA